GGAUAGUUAAGUGCGAAGGAGAAGAUGAGGACGAAGACCACGAAGUCGAAGACCAGCUGAAUUACGCUGCUGCCGACAACUGCUUCUCUCUCUCUCUCUCUCUCUCUCUCUCUACGAAUAUGGGUAUGAAUAAUCCAACGGUGUUGAAGGUAGGGUUGGCGGUGGUGGGGCUGUGCAUAGCGGGAUACAUUCUCGGGCCACCCCUCUACUGGCAUUUCAUGGAGGGAUUAGCCGCCGUCAGCCACUCCUCAAAUUCCUGCCCUCCUUGCCAGUGCGACUGUUCAUCUCAGCCUCUCCUCUCCAUCCCCGAAGGAUUGAACAAUGGUUCUUUUGCAGAUUGUGCAAAGCAUGACCCAGAAGUGAGUGAAGACACUGAAAAAAAUUUUGCGGAGCUAUUGACAGAGGAACUGAAGCUUCGGGAAGCUGAAGCUUUGGAAAAUCAGCAGCGUGCUGACAUGGCUCUUCUUGAGGCAAAGAAGAUUACAUCCCAGUAUCAAAAGGAAGCGGAUAAGUGCAGUUCAGGUAUGGAAACAUGUGAGGAAGCAAGGGAGAAAGCUGAAGCAACAUUAGUGGCUCAAAAGAGACUGACAGCGAUGUGGGAGCUGAGAGCACGUCAGAGAGGAUGGAAAGAAGGGAUGGCCAACUCUCGUACUCAAAAUCAGGGAAAUGUCCAGACUUCAUAGAAGCUCGAUAUUCGCCACAUAAACAAUCUAAGGCUGUUGUUCUAGAAGAUAUCAAAUAUGGAAAUUGGAACUUCCAGCAAGGGUUUUAUAACUGUUAGCUACAUCCGAAUGCUCUAUUAUUCGCCGGUUUUCUGUAACGGAAUAGUGUUGUGGCUUGUGAUCACUUUUUUCUAAAUAUCAUUUAAGAAAACGCUUAGAUUAAGGAUAAUUAACUCGCCAUUAGUAAAAGAUAUUUCAGGGUGGGAUGAGUUUGCUAGCAUGUUUUCAAGAUGUUAAAUGGUCAGUUAUCACGUACAAGCUUCAAGCUAUAUAUAUCAUCAUAUACUAAACGAGUCGAGUUUGAGCACGUAGUACAUAGGCAAGCUUUGUUCAUUUUAUUUUUAUACGAAGAGUUCGAACUUAUCAUCGGUUUAUUUUUAUAUUUGAAUUCAGUUUAUUUAUUAUUCAAGAGA